UCACAACCUAUUUGAUCAUUUGACGACGAGUGAUGGACUGUUACAACGUGUCAUGUGCGACGCCUACAACCGGCACAGCUCCACAACUAUUCGCCUCUGCCCUUCAGUUCUUUGCCGCCGCACAAUGUUUAAUCACAGAAGGCCUGAUACCUGAUUCACAUAUUAAGAAUUAUGAAAAAUUCGAUUUUAUUAUUGUCGGAGGCGGUACAGCUGGUUGUGUUUUGGCGAACAGGUUGAGCGCAAUACCAGAAUGGAAAAUAUUACUUGUAGAAGCAGGUGAUGAUGCUCCAAUAGAAGCUGAUAUUCCAGGCCUAUACGGAACAUUAUAUCAUACAAGAUACGAUUGGGACUACGUGACAGCUCCUAAUGGAAGAACAAAUGGAGCUAAUAAAAAUGAGUCCGUAUUUUGGCCACGGGGGAAAAUGAUGGGUGGAAGUAGUAAUAUAAACGCCAUGGUCUAUGUAGAAGGAAACGACCAAGAUUAUCAAAAUUGGGUUGACCUUGGCAAUCCUGAAUGGAGUGUUGAAGAAGUUCGUCGGUGCUUUAGAAAAGCAGAAAGUUUCCAAAAUAUGGAGUUGUUGCAAAAUCCAGAGAUUAGCAAUCACUAUGGCCACGAUGGGCCAUUGGUUAUAAACACUUUCAACACAACCAAUAUGUUUCUUACGGAAAAAAUGUAUUCUGCUUGGAACGAAAUAGGGAUAAAAAAUGUGGCUGAUUAUAAUGUGGCAAACUCUUUAGGAUCAGGAUUUUUGAGAGUCACAGCUGCUAGUGGGGAAAGACAGAGUCAUAACAAAGCGUAUUUAAAUCCCAUUCUUCAUAGAAGUAACCUUAAGAUCCUAAAAAAUAGUUUGGUAACAAAGUUAUUGAUAAAUCCUUAUACAAAAAAUACUUAUGGUGUGGAGUUAGAGCGAAACUCAAAAAAGUACUACUUUUAUGCCAGAAGGGAGGUAAUUCUAAGCGCUGGUACUGUAAAUUCUCCUCAAAUCCUUAUGCUGUCCGGAAUCGGACCCAAAGAACACCUCGCUUCAAAGAAGAUAUCUGUCAUCGUAGAUUCUCCAAUGGUUGGACGUAAUUUGCAAGAUCACUGCUUGAUUCCCAUCAUUAUUUAUGCUGAUGUACCAGGUGAACAGAACAUAGCCGAACAACAAUUUGACAUUAUCCGGUACCUCUACAAUCGCACUGGAUACUUGGGUGGAAAUCUCUCUGCGAAUAUUAUUGCUCUUUUUUCUGACAAACCUAAUGCUACUUACCCUGAUUUUCAAAGUCACCAUUCAAUUACUUACCGGAACAGUCCUACAGUUCAGUCAACUUGGAGCAAUCGUUUUGGAUACAAAGAUCAGGUGAUUAAACCAAUAGUAGAUAUGAAUAAAAAGUACGCAUUUUACCAAAUGAAUUUUAUCCUCCUUCAUCCGUAUUCUAGAGGUAAUAUUACUUUGAGAUCCAACAACCCACGAGACCAUCCAAUUAUCAACCCCAACUAUUUCAUUGAUCCUCGAGAUUUAGAAGCAGCUGUAACUGGAAUUAAGAUCCUUACCAAAGUAGUGAACACUACAGCUUUCAAAGAAAUUAAUGGGUUUUUGGGGAGAAUGGAAUGGCCACCAUGUGAUCGCUACGAAUUGGAUAGUAGAGAUUAUUGGAAGUGUAUUUGUAUGGAGAUGGUGAUUACCAUAUACCACCCUGUAGGUACAUGUCAGAUGGGACCACAUCCAAAGACAUCAGUAGUAAAUAGUCGAUUGAAAGUCCAUGGAGUCCGAAACCUUCGUGUGAUAGAUGCCAGCAUCAUGCCAACACUGACCAGUGGUAACACUAACGGUCCAACUGGAAUGAUUGGAGAAAGAGGAGCAGAGUUAAUACUGGAAGACUACAACAAAUUGUGAUUUAUUUCUAAGUACAAACGAAU